AUGUAGCGCGCUAGAGCUACAACUGUAUCUCAGGGCUACUUAUGUUGGCCAACUUCCUUCACCAUUCAUUCUCACCCACAUGCUGGAGGGACCACUUUAUGGAAGGAGGCUGUAUGAACGUAAUGAAACGCAUGUGAAAUAUGAGGAGAGAAAUCGCAGCUGUGGUGUUUUUCCUGAAGAGGCUUGUGAAGCGAGGGGAGAAGUUGGAGGCAGAGAAGGUGGAGCUGUUUGUUGAGAGGCUGGCUGUUGCUCUUCAGGAGAAGUUCAAGGGACACUGGUACCCUGAAAACCCCAGUAAAGGCCAGGCCUACAGGUGUAUCAGAGUGAACAGGUUGCACAGGCAGGAUCCAGAGCUCCUUCGGGCCUGCCAUGAAAGCGGGAUUCAGUACAGGGACCUGGGUCUGCCACAUGAACUCACAUUAUGGGUGGACCCUGGGGAGGUGUGCUGCAGAUAUGCAGAACAAAAUCCCUUCUUCUCAGUGGCCAGUUUCUCAAAUGAUAACGAGGAGGACAAAGAUGUCGCAAAGAAGGUGACGAGUGCUUUGGAGAGGGUGACGUCAGACUAUCACUCAGGUUCUUCAUCAGAUGAGGAAGGCAUGCGCACUUCCCCCCUUACUGUCCCCAACAGCCGCUCUACUAAACAGACAAUGAAUCCUGCCGCUCCUACGUGGCACCCUAAGAAGAUGACACCAGGGAAAGUUCCUAUGUUUCCACAGCCACACAACAUUUUCCGUCCUCGCAGCAGAGCUCCUCACACUCCAAGGCACACGCUGUGGGUCCCUCCAGGCUACAGAGGAGGAUACUGGGAUACUAACCAACAUCUGGCACAUUGUUACAGUUAGAAUCAUGGUGCUUAUUGAUCACAAUAGACUGAAGACAAGUUGACCCAACUGACCAAUGUUUUUUAAACAGGAAUUUUUAUAGCUGAAAUAAUGUUUGUGACUGAAGUCCUUUUUGCACUUUAGACCAUUUGUUAUAGUCUAAAUCUAUCACUUGUAUUAAAUUAGAUAUUGGAAGUGGAAUACUACACAUGUAGACUUAACGUAAUGUGUUUUUUACAAUGGGGGACGUCCACCUAGUGUCCUUUUUUUGUAAUGAAAUGUUUUAUUUAUUCAUAGUGAAGAAUUGUCCGAUGUAUAGGCUCAAAAUUUAUGGAGUUUUAUUAAACCCAAUUUCCAAGCAUCAUAAUGCUUUAUUUAUUCUGAUGGUAUUUCUAGGAGUUCCUUAAUGGUUGCGGUUGAAGGUUCUUGGUUUUCUUCUUCAGGUAGUUUUGUUGUUUAAUCUUUAACUUCAUGCUGACGUGUUGAGAAGAGAAAAGAGUAAAAUGUCAGCGCUUUAUGUGGGUGUUUGUGACCCACUGUUCAGAUGGAAAAUGUUUGUGAAGAAGUUCUGUAGCACUACUCAGAUGGUUUUACAUUGUGAUAAUGUUUAGGCUCACGAUAAUAUUAUUUAGGCAUAGUCCUUAAAUACUUUCGGCACAUUAGUAAUAUUCCAUACACAUUUCUUUAUGUGGCACCAGUGAUCAUGUCAAAUAAAACUUUUUAACUAUC